AUGGUAUGCUAUGCGAUUGCAUGGUAUGCUGUGCUAUUGCAUGGUAUGCUGUGGUGUUGCAUGGUAUGCUGUGCUAUUGCAUGGUAUGCUGUGGUGUUGCAUGGUAUGCUGUGCUAUUGCAUGCUAUGCUGUGCUAUUGCUCGCUAUGCUGUGCUAUUGCAUGGUAUGCUGUGCUAUUGCAUGGUAUGCUGUGCUAUUGCAUGGUAUGCUGUGGUAUUGCAUGGUAUGCUAUGCGAUUGCAUGGUCUGCUAUGCUAUUGCAUGGUAUGCUGUGGUGUUGCAUGGUAUGCUGUGCUAUUGCAUGGUCUGCUAUGCUAUUGCAUGGUAUGCUGUGCUAUUGCAUGGUAUGCUGAGCUAUUGCAUGGUCUGCUAUGCUAUUGCAUGGUAUGCUGUGCUAUUGCAUGGUAUGCUGUGCUAUUGCAUGGUAUGCUGUGCUAUUGCAUGGUAUGCUGUGGUAUUGCAUGGUAUGCUGUGCUAUUGCAUGGUAUGCUGUGGUAUUGCAUGGUAUGCUGUGCUAUUGCAUGGCCUCCUGUCCCCGUCAAGGCCUCCUGUCCCCGUCAAGGCCUCCUGUCCCCGUCAAGGCCUCCUGUCCCCGUCAAGGCCUCCUGUCCCCGUCAAGGCCUCCUGUCCACAUCAAGGCCUCCUGUCCCCGUCAAGGCCUCCUGUCCCCGUCAAGGCCUCCUGUCCCCGUCAAGGCCUCCUGUCCCCGUCAAGGCCUCCUGUCCCCGUCAAGGCCUCCUGUCCCCGUCAAGGCCUCCUGUCCCCGUCAAGGCCUCCUGUCCCCGUCAAGGCCUCCUGUCCCCGUCAAGGCCUCCUGUCCCCGUCAAGGCCUCCUGUCCCCGUCAAGGCCUCCUGUCCCCGUCAAGGCCUCCUGUCCCCGUCAAGGCCUCCUGUCCCCGUCAAGGCCUCCUGUCCCCGUCAAGGCCUCCUGUCCCCGUCAAGGCCUCCUGUCCCCGUCAAGGCCUCCUGUCCCCGUCAAGGCCUCCUGUCCCCGUCAAGGCCUCCUGUCCCCGUCAAGGCCUCCUGUCCCCGUCAAGGCCUCCUGUCCCCGUCAAGGCCUCCUGUCCCCGUCAAGGCCUCCUGUCCCCGUCAAGGCCUCCUGUCCCCGUCAAGGCCUCCUGUCCCCGUCAAGGCCUCCUGUCCCCGUCAAGGCCUCCUGUCCCCGUCAAGGCCUCCUGUCCCCGUCAAGGCCUCCUGUCCCCGUCAAGGCCUUGUCGCUGCGAUCACGUUUCUCAUCACCACCCUUCCGUUUCUCCCUACUCCCCUUACUCUUCUCCUCCACCCCCCCUGCCUGCCUCUCAUUUGUGUGUGUGCGGGGCAUCAGAAUCGCAGUGUGUGUCGGCACAAGCUGCUGCUGCGCCACUUUGACCUUGACUCCCCGGAUGAGCAACCCUGUGGGGGUACGUACGUGCUGGGCUAG